GACAGAGACGAUUGCUUUUUCUCCGGUUCAUGCUGCUGCCUGCCACACGUCCCCUAGAGUAGUGCAAAUUAAGAAAAAUAAAAAAUACCGAAUAUGUUGAUUUUAUCGUUUACCGCGUUUAUCGCGGUAAUUUCUCAUAGUGGUGCACUACCUACACCUUCGAACAAAGAUUAUUAUUUAUUAGAAAAUGGACCCGUCGCUGAGCUGCCCGAAAAUUGGGACCAAACCAAAGAUGAUACUCAAUCUUUAUUCCUGAAUAAAAGCGACAAAAAUGAUCUGGAGCCAUAUCCGCUCGCCCUCAGUGAGGAUGGAAAUCCCGAAGGGUUCGAACAAGCUAUUGAUCAGAGAUAUGAUUCCCCGGCUUCAAAUGGAGAACUAGACAAUCUUAUUAUGAGACCUGAGCUUUACGGUGAACCUCCAGCUAUCGAAGGUCUUUCUUCUGGAUAUGACUCCCGUCGAAGAAAACGUGGUAGUGGAAAAGUUGGAGGCGCCGGUGCAGCUACAAAAGUAGCUACGAAAUCCAAUUCUGGAAAGAAAAAUCUUAAACCUCAGGAGAGCCUUUCACCCGUAGAUGCCAUAGCCGAAGAUCAAGAUGCUUACCGUCUCAAACGUGCAGUGUCAAAGAAUACAGACACUAGUUCAGCUUUAACCACAAAGAAGUCCGCAGAAAAGAAAAAUAAUUUCCGCCCUAUUUCUGACCGCCGUAAGAGGGAUUCUGGACUUAGUGCUGCAGAUGUCCGAGCCCUUCUCAAUAUGUGGGAAGCUCAAGAACGUCGCAAGCAAGAAUGGAACGCCAAUCGCUGGGCUGCAGACCGUUACUAUGGGCAUGUUAACAAUCUUGAUGAGGAGCAACCUGAAGUUGAUGAAAACGGUGAUGUUUGGUACAACGAGCCAGUUGUAGUUGGUCAUGAAGGUUACCCUCGUCACUCUUACUUCUCUGAACAGAAUCGCAUGGCAUUGGCGCAGGGUUUGCCUGAACUUUACCAAGUUGAUCCAAACGAAGUUGCGCGUAGAUAUGAAGAAGCCCGUCGCAAAAGAAUGUAUGCUAACAGAAUGAAGCGUUUCAUGGUCGCUCGUAAACGAUCAGAUGGUAUGGCCCACCAAAACAACUAUAGGUCCCGCGAUGAUCUCUACACUUUGGCAGAACUUCUUCGUUCUUCGCCACGUGCUCAGGCACAAGACCUGCCCGUUUACCGGCGACUUAUCCUCUAAAUGGCAUUUCGUUUCUGUCAGAGAAUCGUGGGAUAUUUAUUCUGUAAUUCGAAAUAUUAUGUUUAAGUACAAACAGUACCUAUCGUUAAUGCAUUUAAUGUCAAACUUUAUUACUUAGGGUUAUGAAAUAUAUUAUCUACUAUAAGAAACGUAAGAAAGUUUAGACAGUGGACCUUCAGUCUGGCCUAAUCAAAAUAUUUUCCCUACCUCAGUUAGCAUAUCCAUCAAUCGAUUCGUACAAAUUAAAUCACACAAUUUAAAUUAUGCGUCGCAAAAAUCAAGUUUGUGUAAGAAUUUCUUAGGUAUAGAAAUACAUAUUCGUUAUUAAUAGAUGUGUAAAUGUAUUACUGUAUUAAUAAAUAGCAUAUUAAUCUUA